AUCCCCCCUCCCAGAACAUCCCCACAAAACUGCCCAAGAACCUGAAGCCCUUAAUAAUCGAUUAUCCACUCAGGACAAUCGAUUAUCUCCCCUUCCCUGCAAAUAAAGAGGUUUUAACUAUAAAACCCGGAGCUGAGAUAUAACAUUUGGUAUCAAAGCUUUGUGUUGAACAUCCCUAAGGGAUAAUCUGCACACGCCUCCCUCAUCUCUUUGUUACUGCCAUAAAGAUCAGCCUCAACACCAUCUCUCUUUUCUCUUCCUUCUUUGGUAUUUUUGGCCAAAGAGAGCCCUAAAAACCACCCAUCAUUUCUUACCAUUCUAGCUACUGCCCCAUUCUCUUCCUCUUCUUUCACACCCUUCAAGAUGUCAAACACCUCUGUAAUCAUCACCAAUGAAGAGCUGUGGGCCUCGAAUACAGAACUUAAGACCCAAGUGGAGUACUUGGCUAAGCAGAUUGCUCAACUCACCAAAUUCAAAAUGAAUAUGAUGAAUACCCCUGAAGAAAGUGAAGAUGAGCAAGAGGAAGACGUCCAAUCAAGAGUUCCUUCUCCCACCAUGAGGAGAAACAACCAAGAGAAGUCCCCCUCUGACUUCAAGGUCGAAAUGCCAACCUUUGAUGGAAAAGAUGACCCGGAUGAUUUCAUCGAAUGGUUAGAGACGAUUGAACGCGUCUUUGACUAUACCGAAGUGCCGGAGGACAAGAAGGUCAAGCUUGUGGCUUUAAAAUUCAGAGGCUACGCAUCUACGUGGUGGACUAACACUACCACCAAGCGCAAAAGAGAAGGCAAAGCUGUUGUUCAAACAUGGACCAAGAUGAGGGCUUUAUUGAAGAAGAAGUUCAUUCCCACUCAUUAUAUAAGGGAAAACUUUGCUAGGCUUCAACACCUAAGGCAAGGAAAUCAAUCCGUAGAAGAAUACAAUCGAGAGUUUGAAGAACUCUUGAUGCGGUGUGAUCUCUAAGAGAAUGACUCACAAACCUUUAUAAAUAUUUUACUAUAUAUUUAUUACUCCCAAAGUAGUAUUAUUAUAGUUUUUACUAUCCUAUAUUAAACUUGCUAGCACAAGUUUAAUCUUGGACUCCGGAGCAAGUUCGUGUGGAUACGUUGGAGGCUUCAUACGUUUGGCGCUACGUUCAUCUCCUCAAAACCAUCCCCGACCGUUCCUCCGUUCUCCGUUUUCACCGUUAAGGUAAAUUUCUUACUAUAGCUAGUAAUUUACGUAAGUUGUUCUUGGGUGGAAUCGAGUUUUGGACUAUAAAUUUUUGUUUUCCGCUGCGUUAUCCAAGCCUCGUUUCCCAACAGUGGUAUCGGAGCCGGCUUACGAAGUUACUAGUUUAGUAGUUUUUACCGUUAUUGUUUUUGUAGAUUAGUCAAUAAAUUUUGGAGACAAAA